GCGGGGUGCUGUGGGGCGGAGCUUCAGGGACUGCCGACUUUCCCCGCCAGGGCGCUUCUGUCUGAAACCCCCAGUGAGCGAGAGGGAGAGCGCGGCCACCUCGCCCCGCCCCAGGGUGUCCCGCCCUAUUCGUGCCGAACUCCACCCUCUCCCCGGAAGGUCGUGGCCGCGACGAGCCCGGAGUCCUUAGCUUCUUUGAACCUCGGGGCCCCUGAAGUCUGGAGCCCCUGCAGCCCGAAAUCCCUGAACCCCAAACCAGCGCACCAUGGCGGCGUCCGCUCCGCUGCGCGACUGCCAGGCCUGGAAGGACGCGGGACUCCCACUCUCCACCCCGAGCAAUGAGGCCUGCAAGCUGUUUGAUGCUACCGUGACCCAGUAUGUGAAAUGGACCAAUGACAAGAGUCUCGGUGGCAUUGAGGGCUGCUUGUCGAAGCUCAGAGCAGCCGACCCGACCUUCGCAAUGGGCCACGCCAUCUCCAACGGCCUUGUGUUGAUUGGCACUGGAAGCUCCGUGAGGCUGGACAAAGAGCUGGACCUGGCUGUGAGGACUAUGGUGGACAUUUCCAGAUCCCAGCCACUGACACAGCGGGAGCGGCUGCACGUGUCUGCAGUAGAGACGUUUGCCAAGGGGAACUUUCCAAAAGCCUGUGAGCUCUGGGAACAGAUUCUCCGCGACCACCCGACAGAUAUGCUGGCCCUGAAAUUUUCCCACGAUGCCUAUUUUUACCUGGGCUACCAGGAACAGAUGCGGGAUUCUGUUGCUCGAGUUUACCCUUUCUGGACCCCUGACGUCCCCCUUAGCAGCUAUGUGAAAGGCAUCUAUUCCUUCGGGCUCAUGGAGACCAACUUGUACGAUCAGGCGGAAAAGCUUGCCAAAGAGGACUCCGACAUGCUCGCUUGUCACAAUUACUGGCACUGGGCCUUAUAUCUGAUUGAAAAGGGGGAGUAUGAGGCGGCGCUGAGCCUGUACGAUAGCCACGGGUGUCCGUGGGCCAGCGGUGGCAGGACAUCCUGCCUGUCACCCAGAAGCACAGCCGUGACCACAUUCUGCUGUUCAACGACGCGCACUUCUUGAUGGCGGCCCUGGGUGCUAAGGACUCCCAGACCACGCGGGAACUGCUGAGCACCCUCCAGGAGGCCAGCGAAUCCCCGGGGGAGAACUGUCAACACCUGCUGGCCCAAGACGUGGGGCUGCCCCUGUGCCAGGCCCUGGUGGAGGCUGAGGAUGGGAACCCCGACCGUGUCCUGGAAAGUCCCUCAGGACACUGUCAGGUGGAACCCAGACAUGCCAUGACUGGGCAGGCGCUGAGGGCACUGUCUCGGCUUGGCAGAUCCCCGGGGGAGAACUGUCAACACCUGCUGGCCCAAGACGUGGGGCUGCCCCUGUGCCAGGCCCUGGUGGAGGCUGAGGAUGGGAACCCCGACCGUGUCCUGGAGCUUCUCCUGCCCAUCCGCUACCGCAUCGUCCAGAUCGGGGGCAGCAAUGCCCAGAGAGACGUCUUCAACCAGCUGCUCAUUCACGCGGCCUUGAACUGCACCUCGGGCACCCACAGGAACGUGGCCCGGAGCCUUCUGAUGGAGCGUGAUGCCUUGAAGCCCAACUCACCCUUGACUGAGCGGCUCAUCCGCAAGGCGGCCACCGUCCAUGUCGGGCCAUGAGUUGGCCUGGCCACCUCUGCCCUGUGGAACCUCAGCAAGGCCUCCCGGGGGCCAGACCGCUGCCACAGGGUUAGGGAGACUGGAGAACCGCCAAGCCUGUCUGGGGGGCGG